CCACUGUUUUAGAUCAUGUAUCAGUUCUCUGGAAAGUCAAAGACACUGUUCAACAACUUUGAGGUUGCAUAGAUAAAACAGAAAUUUUUGAAUUUUGCAAACUAGAAAAAUUAUAACAAUAAUAACCUCAAAUUGUGUUUAUUGGGCUAGUUUGAUAUCACAUAAAUAUAGUUUUUCAUGUUUAAUUACCUUAAAACGCACUUUUUCUACGUAUAUUGGUUUGUAUUAUAGCAUGAUAUAUUGUGAUAAUGGGUAAUAUUUUCGGAAAGAAGAAAGUGUCAAAAGUAACGAAUCAUGACAAGGCUGUACUGCAAGUCAAAAACCAACGUGACAAACUCCGUCAAUACCAACAACGCAUAGAGAAAAAGCUACAAGCUGAAAGAGUUCUUGCAAAGCAACUGAUCACAGAUGGCAAAAAAGAACGAGCAAAAUUGUUGCUUCGCAAAAAGCGAUUCCAGGAGCAACUGCUGGAGAAGACAGAUGGACAGUUGGAAAACCUGGAACGGAUGAUUCAUGAUCUGGAAUUCUCACAAGUUGAAUUACAGGUACUAGAUGGACUAAAGGUUGGAAAUGAGGCUCUGAAGAAGGUGAAUGACAUGUUGAAUGUUGAAGAUGUGGAAAAAAUACUGGAAGAGACAAGAGAAGCUGUGGACAAACAAAAGGAAAUCGAUGAACUUCUCAGUGGUGUGCUCACAAGCGAAGAUGAGGAAGCUGUGGAGAAAGAGUUUGACGAGAUGAUGGCGCUGGAGGAAGGUGCAGGAGACAAUAUGGAAGUGGAGAACGUCAACUUGCCUGAUGUGCCAACUGACGAGUUACCAGAGCCAGAAAAGGAAGCAGAAAAACCGCAGAAAAAGAAAAUUGCUGUUGCUGCUGAAUAACUUACAGCCUGUACAUAAAUAUUGCCUUAAUGUUUCCAUUGUAUCAAGACUGUAUUUAAUACCGUACAUAUUACGUAAGUUAUACUUAUCACAUGUGAUGUAUUUUAAGUGACAUUAAAUUAUAAUUGCUACAAGUAAAA